GGGACUUUUAAAAGGGGACGGAGGGAGUAUCUCCUAACUCUAUAAAAACCAUUCAUUUCUUCUCAAAAUUUACAAACACACUCCAAAAACACUUCUUUCUUUCUUUCUUAACAUACCAUUCCCUCAUACCCACUUCUUUCUUUCUUUAACAUACCAUCCCCACGUACCAUAUUCACUCCAAGAACACUUCUUUCUUUCUUCAACAUACCAUCCCCACAUACCAUAUUCACUCAAAAACACUUUAAUAUAUUCAUUACUUUUUUGUUUACCACUCUUCUCUCAUAUUAUAUUUAUAAUAUAUACCAUAUAUAAAAAAUGUCUAGUGAGGGUAAUAUUAUUCUUAUGGUUCAUUGGAAUGGCUCUACAUCUCAAAAAGAUGAUGAAAUAGAGUACUCCAUACCUCCUAGGGCUGUACUAUUCAUUAGUGAAGGAGAUGAUUAUACUACUAUACAUGAAAAUGUUCUCAAUCAUGUUAGACGCGACGGAUUUUCCGAAAUUAAAUUAAUUUACGGAAAAUUGCCGAAAUAUAAGAAUUCGGUAUAUGUUGCUUCUAGAUUAUGGCCCAUUCAUGAUGAGCGAACAUGGCGUCAUUUUUUCCGGAUUGCCACAAAUGAGUAUGAGGAGUUGCACAUUUACGUGGAAGCUUCAGCGACCCCGCCACAAAAUUUGACGUUCCACGGAACUGCUGGAGUGGAAGGCCCAUCAUCAAGUCGGAGGAACAACCGCCAAUCGUUUCAGAACCAGGAAACUCCCGGGUAUGGGACAAGAUUCGAGAAUGGAUGGGAUUUGGGCAUCAAAUGUCUACAUUGCUUAGCUCAAUCAAAUGGAUUUCGAAGAAGCACAAAGGAUCAAUGUUGAAAGCAAAGGCGGCCCGAAUUGCUCUAUGUGACGUGGUGUAUUACAUAUGGCAUGCAAGAAAUGAGUUCCGCUUUGGUGAUGGCAAGAAGACCGAGGAGGACGUUAUAGCCAAGAUUAAGCAUAUCGUCUAUAAGAUACUCUAUAGUAUCUAUCCAUAUGAAUUGAUAAACUUUUGAGUGGG